AUGCGAUUCUCAUUGGUAUUGAUCCUGGGCGUUCUCGGCAGUGUCCUGCUCCUGGGCAGAGUAAGACCGCCACCACUGCCACUUGCUCCGCCAAGGAAAAAGAGGAAGAGGCACUCCAAACGCUUGCGUCUAUUGAAGAAACUUCGGGAAGAACGAGACGAGAAGGCCGGGGAACACGUGAAGAAACCCGAGAGAAAGAUUGAGCUUCAUAAGAACCAUGGGCACGAGAAAGCAUCCGAGAAAGAGCAUCAUCAUGAAAAGGUGGGGCACGAGAAAAAAUCCGAUAAAGAGCAUCAUCAUAGUAAAAAGCUGGAGCACCAGAAGAAAUCCGAGAAAGAGCAUCAUCAUAGUAAAAAGCUGAACCACGAGAAGAAAUCCGAACAUCUCCAUCAAAAAUCUCACCGUCGCGAAUAG